CUUAGCGAAUUGAUAAAGCGUCUCUUUAUUUGAGCUGGUGUUAAGGCUGGUUUGCUGCUUCUCUGCUGCGAUGCUUGUCAGUUAAAACGUUUGGGGUUUUUUGGCUCUAGGUUACAUUGGAUUAUUCCAGUUCUGCUAACCUGGAUCCUGCGAAUCAUCCACUCAUUUGGAGCUGAACUGGGCCUACUUUGGGUAUCCAACCCAUAAUUUCCAAUGGAUGGCGUUGCCAUGUCCAUCGAACCUUCUCUUUUUUCUCCACCGCCCCCUCCUCCUCCUCCUCCUCCUCCCCCUCCUCCACCACCUCCACCCAUCACAGGAAGCGAACCGUUCUCUCGCAGUGUUCACCGGCGCUCCAAGAUGCGCAGCUUCAACUGGGACACCAUUCCAAGGCAUAGUGUGGUGGGGAAGCGCAACGUCUGGACAUCACAGAAGAAGCUGGAGGAUAUUCCACUGGACACCAAGCGCAUUGAGGAACUGUUUAGCCACAGUGAACGUCAGCAGAUACCAACCAAGCAUGGCACCGUCAAGAAGAGUGUGUGGGGCCUGCAGACCACCAGUCCUGAGUCAGAGAUUGUCUCGAUCCUUAACUCGAAGAAAAGUAUGAAUAUUGGGAUUCUCCUUAAGCAGUUUAAAAGGCCAAUUCAGGACAUUGUUGAGGACAUCAGUGAGGGAAACAUGCGAUUUGCUGCUGGUGGACUGAGAGAGCUGAGCAAGCUGCUGCCUGAUGAUGUUGAGGUGAAGAAGCUGUUGUCAUUCCAUGGUGAUGCGUCUCAGCUUGCAGAGGCAGACCGCUUCUUCCUGAUGCUGGUAAAUGUUCCCAGAUAUGAAGAAAGACUGAAAAGCUUGCUCCUCAGAGAGGAGUUCAUGCCCUUUAUAGAGGAGAUGAGAAAAUCCAUUUCUAUCAUGACUGCAGCAGCUAAUGAGCUGCUGGAGUGUGAUGAUCUACACUCUAUAAUCAGACUCGUGCUCAAAGCUGGAAACUACAUGAAUGCUGAUGGUUAUGCUGGUCGUGCGAUAGGUUUCAGAAUGGCUUCUCUCCUGAGGCUUGUGGACACCAAAGCUAACAAACCUGGCAUGAACCUUAUGCACUAUGUGGCUAUGCAAGCUCAACAGAUAGACUGCGCCUUAUUAAAGUUUACAGAACAGCUUCAACACAUCGGUGAUGCAUCGAGAAUUCAAAAACAGGAAGUCGAAACAGACUUCAAGAGAGAAAUGGCAAAAGCUAAAGAAGCCAAGGCCUAUGCCAGCAUGCAGCCUGAUCUGCAACAUCAAAUGGACGAGUUCCUUCAAAUGGCCACAAGUCAGCUUGCAGACAUGGAGGCCUCUCUAAGGGAGCUGGAUUCAGUCAGUCACUCAGUAGCUGAGUAUUUCUGUGAAGACCCUGCUACCUUUAAGCUGGAGGAAUGCUGCUCAAUCUUCCACUCUUUCUGUGAGAAGUUUGAGAGAGCUGUAAAGGAAAAUACAGAACGAGAGGCAGCAGAGAGGCGCCGAAGGCAGCAGAGGGAAAGAGAGAAACUGAGCCGGGUAGUCAAGCGCCGUUCAGUUGGCACCUGCUCUAGGCAAAGCUCAGAACAGGAGGCCUUAGAGUCCAUCCUCACCAGCUUCCUGAGCAACCGUCCCUCCCGCAGAAGACAACCCUCAUCCAACAGAGAAAGUCCAACAGAGAUACUGGAUAAAAACCACCCACUGGCCGAAAGGUCUUGCAUAGCUCUAGAUAGUUCUGUUAAUAUGGACAAAAAGGAUGCAAGUGUUUUACUUCAAGAUCAGGACCAGAGCUUCCAGAUAAUCCUUGAAAUUCCUGCCAAGACAGAGCAAAACGAGGAGCAGGACAAGAGCUGUCUGACAGCCCAGGAUAGCCCUGUAAAGGUAGAGACUGUUGUCUCUCAUCAUGAAAAACAGGAAGAAAAAUGCUUAAACGCAGUAAAAAUCUCCUGUGGCAUGAAUGUACAGGGUACACCAGCUGGUCCAAAAAGAGCACCAUGCAUAGAAGACAAAGCAACUCCAAAGAGCAGCAAAAUAAACCGUCGUAGGAGCAUAAUUGAAAGACUAUGUAGUGAUGAGCAGGAGAAGAAGAACAAAGACGCAGAUCAAACACAGGAGGACUUCCUGAUGGAGCCACAACGGAUUAGAUGCCCCAUUCCAGAUGUUUCCUCUCCUCAUCACAGAGGAAUACAAGAGGUGGAUUUGGCCCUUCAGAAUGGCUUUGGAUCACCUUGGACUGUUCUCAGUCCUCACAUCUCACCCUCACGCAUGCGGCGCCGCAGGCAUUCCUUUGGUUCCACUAAAGAUGAAGAAUCAGAGGAUGGAGUGUGGGCACUGCCUGAUACACCCUCAAAGGGCCCUCUACUAGCACACAUGUGCAGGUCAUAUGAGCACAGCAUGUCUACCUCUGUGAUUAGUAGUGUGGGUAUUAGAGAUUCUCCAUUACAAGGCACAUCAGCGCACGGAGCUCUAUUAAGGUCUGCAUCGGUGGGUGAAAACCCUGAAUCCAUCCCCAGCUUUCGUUUCGGUGCUUUCUUCCCAAGACGCCAUGGACAGGAAAUCAAAAGACAAGAGCCAUCGUCACUGAGGUCCUUCUUCCAGCGAUUUGGGGAAAGAGGAAGGCCUGCUUCUAUAGGAGACUCGUGCAAAGUGGAAACUUGAAUUUUUGCUCCGUUCUGUUUUUUGUGUAUGGUUUUACAUUCAUUUUUUUUUUUUUCUCCCAGUUUUUAAAAGGAUUUAGGAUUGUAUGCUCAUAUGCAUUGCACAAUGAACACUGUAACCCAAGACAAAUAUGGACUUGUUUUGGAGUGUGGUUAUUGUGGCAUUAAAUGAAUCCUAUCCACAAAAGUGAUUUUAUUAUUUAUUUUUAUUCCUUUUUUUUAAUUUAAAGAAACCUCAUGAUGUUUUAGCUCUGGUUUUUUAUUAUGCACUUUAAAAUUCCUGCUGAGGACCUAUCCUCAAUAUUAACCAAACACUUGUUUGUUUGUUCCAUUAUGUUAUGUUUUUUGUUGUAUAUUUUUGUAUAAUAAAGUGUGGCAUUCCACCUUAA